AUGAGCUGCCAAUCCAAUUCUAGUAACAACAAUGGUGGUGGCAAUUCCGAUGAACCACCAAGACGAAAUGAAAAUAAUGGCCGCCGACCUCGACAGUUGCCACCUCCACCACAGCUCCAGGCGUCAGUAAUUCUCGAUGAAUAUCCGUCAGUGAUUCAUGCAGCGCUUGCCAUCAUCAAUGGAACGGCUAGAACGAGGGCGGGGGGGAGCGACGAUAGGGAGGAAGAGUCAUCUAACAGAAGCAAUAGCCAAGGGACCUCACCGGAUGCGAAGCAGCCGCAAUAA